AUGGGCUCUCGUCAUGAUGCCUCAUCUAAUGCGGUGCGGAAGCGGAUCGAGAAUCAUGACUUCAGCAAUGAGACCGGCGAGGAGUAUGAAGCCUCCAGCUUCGGCGGCUUUUCUGAUUAUAUGCGCCGAAAGAAGAUCAAACUUCAGAAUUUAGACGCAGAAAUCCGAUCGACAUCCGGUGACUGUCCACCUAUCUUCCGCGGAGUCGUUGCACAUGUUAAUGGCUACACCCAACCCUCCCUCCAAGAUCUCCACCGUCUAAUUGUCAGUCAUGGCGGUGGCUUCCUGCAAUACCUAGAUAGUAAGACCAUUGCUACGCAUAUAAUCGCCAGCUCGUUGACCCCGAAGAAACGAGAAGAGUUUCGACGGUACCGCAUCGUGAAACCUGCUUGGGUAACCGACAGCAUUGAGGCUGGCCGUUUACUUCCUUGGGAUAAAUAUCGUGUGGUAGACGAGGGCCAUGCUCAAAAAAUCUUAAAUUUCGGUGAUAGUCGAUUUGGCAUUCAGACUAACACCCCCCAGUCGAGCUAUAAAGAUCAAUCCAGAAGGAGCUGGUACAACACACAAUUACAGUCGAUGGGUUCAGCUGGGAUGUCAGAAACUCCACCUAAGCCACCACGGCCAUCUCCAAAGCUCCCAAGUCAGUCCUCACAGUCCGACUAUGGCGAUUUCCCAAGCUUCACUGCUCCCGACGAUGACAACCCCAGUUCUCCCGCCAAGGAGCUACAAGAUUCAACCACCACGCCUGAGAAACCGAUGGCUAUAGACACCCCUGAUGAUACACCCCGGACUGCUCCUGAAAGACAACAGCAAGUUUUGGAGUCAUCUGCGGCGGCGAACAAACACAGUCCUUCAUUGGGCCCCCAGAUGACCUCCGAGGAAUAUAACGCACAGCUCCUCACCGACCCUCGAAUGCGAAAUUCAAGCUUUGCCAAUCCUGAUUUCAUCCAACAAUAUUAUCGAGAGUCUAGACUUCAUCAUCUGUCAACCUGGAAAGCUGAGUUAAAAUCCCAGCUUCAAGCAGCAACCAGGGAGAAAGCACAAUCGCAACCUCCUCCAAAAAAAGCUGCACCUGGAUCAAGACGAUAUAUCCUUCAUGUUGAUUUUGAUUCAUUCUUUGCCGCAGUUUCGAUCCUCAAACGACCAGAUCUUAGAGAGAAGCCGGUAGCCAUUGCACAUGGUUCGGGUCCUGGUUCUGAGAUCGCUAGCUGCAAUUAUGUCGCGCGGGGUCACGGUGUGAGAAACGGCAUGUGGAUGAAAGGCGCUCUGCAAGCGUGCCCUGAACUUCAGGUUUUGCCUUACGACUUUCCCGCAUACGAGGAUGCGAGUCGCAAGUUCUACAGCUCGGUCCUUGCUAUUGAUGGCAUUGUUCAAAGCGUGAGCAUCGACGAAGCCCUCAUUGAUAUUACAAAUCAAUGUUUGGAGGCAGGGGGCUCGAACAAUCAGGACAUAUCAGAAGAGUCUAUCGAUCGUGAGCAUGCAUCAGCGGACGUAAUUGCUCAAAACUUGCGGGAUUCGGUCAAGGAAAAGACAGAAUGCGCUGUUUCAGUUGGAAUCGGAGGCAACAUUUUAUUAGCCAAAGUGGCGCUGAGAAAAGCAAAGCCGGCAGGACAAUUCCAUCUAAAGCCGGAUGCCGUCCUAGACUUUAUUGGAGAACUGACCAUAAGAGAUCUUCCGGGCUUUGGAUCUAGCCUUGGAAGUAAGAUGGAGGAGCUUGGGGUUAAACUUGUCAAGGAUGUUCGCGACAUUCCUAGGGAGAGAUUGGUCUCCAGUUUAGGGCAAAAGACCGGACUGAAGAUAUGGGAAUAUGCUCGGGGUAUCGACAUGGCCGAGGUCGGCAACGAGGUACAGCGAAAAUCAGUUUCAGCUGAGGUCAAUUGGGGCAUCCGAUUCGUCAACCAGGAACAGGCGGAGGAUUUCGUCAGUUCUCUUUGCAAAGAACUUCACGGCAGACUUGUUGAAAAUCUGGUCAGGGGCAAACAACUUACGCUAAAGGUCAUGCGGAGAUCAAUGGAUGCCCCCCUCGAGUCCACAAAACACCUUGGCCACGGCAAGUGUGAUACGUUCAACAAAAGCGUCGUCAUUGGCGUGGCCACCAAUGCGUCCGACAUUCUAGGCAAACAGGCCAUCUCCAUGUUGCGAAGCUUCAACUUCUCCCCGGGGGAUCUUAGAGGCCUAGGCGUGCAAAUGACCAAACUAGAGCCGAUCAAGGCUGGGCCCACUACGAACCUUGAAAGUAGCCAGCGACAGCUCAAUUUCCAGACAUCCCCAGUGCGCAAGAAGCCAGUGGUGAAUGCGGACCCUGAUGAAUUGGACAGUCCCCAGAAGGGUGAUUCUGCCAGGAUCCAGGUCGAUCCAGUCCUCAGCAACAGUGCGCAUAAACCAAUGAACAUGUCAGGGUCUCAAUUCAUCAUGCCCACGCAGGCAGAUCCUCAGAUUCUCUCAGAACUACCUGGUGAUAUCAGAUCAAGGCUUGUGGCACAGGCAAAACCCCGACAAGACUCACGCUCUGGGUCUCCAUGUCCAGCUUCCCGUUCGCGAGAGACUGUCAAUACCGAUCUGCCUCCUCAGUCCCAGUUGGAUCCAGAGAUUUUGGCUGCAUUGCCCGAUGAUGUUCGAAAUGAAGUCCUGGGUUACUACAGUGUACCACCCACUACAUCCACCCCCCUGGUACCACCUCCACUACCAGCGGCAUCUAUACCACGACCCGCAUCUGCUGGUGGACUCAAACUAAGAAGGCCAACAUCCCCGCCUAAGAAGAGGCGUGGUCGACCUCCGAAAUCCGCGUCAGCUGUCAACAGCCAUUUAAGGCAGUCAAGCUUUGCAUUACCCCGAGCGGUAGCUGUUACAGCAUCAACAAGUCAAACAACAUCUCGGCAGCCUUCUCCUGCUGUCCAAGAACAGCCCGAAGCCUCAGCCGAAUUUCUCGCCGCACUUCCUGAAGACAUCCGACGAGAAAUUCUCGAGGAACAGAAGCGAGCACAAAUGGCCCAGAUUCCCCAUGUCUCCGCUGCGGCGUCAGCCAGGCCUCCCUCCCAACCACAAGCACCGGCCGCCCCCGCCCCUGUUCAAGUUGAGAAGGUGUUGCAUCUACCUCCUCUUCCCGAACGACCAGUCUUCACAUCGCAGCGUCUAUCUGCUUUGCCAGAUCUGCGAGAUGCAGUCGGGGCAUGGCAUUCGGCCUUUGCAACCGAUGGGCCCUACGAGGAAGAUGCCCAGGCCUUAUGCACGUACCUACGGUGCGUCAUUGCCGAGGAAAAGGAUAUCGACAAGGCUGUUUCUGUAGUACGCUGGCUGAUGUGGCUCGUUGGCGAGCAUGCCUCUCCGGGAGAUUUGGUUGAGAAACAACCCCCUCGCUCUGCACAGAGCGAUGUCUUGACUUGGGCCGAUGCAAUUCACGUAAUGCAGGGUUCUUUACAGCGGGCUCUGGGUGAGAGAGGGUUGCCACCUGUGGAAUUUGAAUAG